AUGUCUGAUCGAAGUGGGAGAUCAGACCACAACUACCAUUCGAAGCCCUCCUGUUCCAGCGGACGACGUCAAUCAGCUUCCCUACACGGUAACGAGUGCAUGACGAACGUCGAAUCAGUGGUACUCACCCAACGAUGGACGGUCAGCAAUUUCGAUAGCCUUCUGAAGUUGAGCCAGCCAGGCAGCUGUUUGAGAAGCACAGUGUUCAAAGACGACGCGGUGCCAGAAGCAUGCUGGCAGUUAUGCCUCUACCCCGGCGGGAAGCGAGAAGAGAACGCCAACAACGUCUCCUUAUUCCUCAAAAUGUCGGCGACAUCCCCAUCAAAAGAAGUCGUGCUGAAGGCAGAGUACCGCUUCUACUUCCUCGACGACAACGAUGAGCCAAAAUUCAGCAACGUCAAUGUUGGAGAGUUCCACGCGAAACCGCCGAAGGGUGGACACUCAUGGGGACUGAGGAAUAUACCCACUACCAAAGUGCAGAAUAGCAUUCGACAGGACAAAUCACUAGUCAUUUCAUGUCAUAUCGAACUUAUCCCUGACGUCUCAAAAGUUCCAUGCAAACGGGUACCGAUUACACCUUCCAUCAAAAUGCCAACCUCAGCGGUGCCAACGAGUUUUGUGGAAAGAGAAAUCAGAAUGUUCGACAAUAUGGAAGGAACGGACAUGACAAUAUUGGCUGGACCAGUCGCUGGAGAACGUGAAGCAUUCCAAGUGCACACCUACAAACUACGCGCACAUUCUGACGUAUUCCAAACGAUGUUGAGCCAUGACAACAUGCGCGAAGUGCGAGACAAACAAAUCGACAUUAACGACUUCUCCCCUGGAGCUGUGCGCGCCAUGAUUGAGUUCAUCUAUUCGGGUGGCAUCAGAACGGAAUUCGAUGUGUACCAAGCGACGGACGUGAUGCAAAUUGCCGAAAAGUAUCAGAUACUUGCGCUGAAGUCGUCGUGCGAACAGAGUCUUCUGGAUCGAUUAAGUGUGAAUAAUGUGUUGGAAUGCAUAACGCAGGCGGAGAAGUUCAACACAGACGUUCUGUAUGAUGCUUGCAUUGAUUUUGCGGUCCACAAUCGACAAGUGAUCAUGCAACUGCCUGUAUGGAACAACUUUGUCAAAGAGAUGCCCACCCUAGCGACAAGCCUGCUUCAGAAAAUGGUCAACGCCAACGACGUCUCUCCACCCACUAAAAAAUCUCGUGUAUAG